AUGACAAAAUUGGCUAUCAAAUGCCUUCUCGUUGGCGAUAAUGGUGUAGGUAAAACAUCUUUAAUGAUUACACAUGCUGAGAAUUCAUUUUUGGAAAAAGGUGAACUACCGAAAGCUUAUCGCGAUUUCCACGUUAAUAUGGGGUAUAGUAAAUCAAAACAGAUCGAUUUACAUUUAUGCAAUACACUGGAUGGAGAAAAAAAUGAACCUGUCAAUGCCAUACGUUAUAAAAGCUGUACUUUUGUUGUAUUUUGCUUCUCCUUGGUAUCACCAGAUUCGUUGGAAAGUAUUCGAGAGCACUGGAUUCAUCAAAUCAAUGAAGAUUGUCGUCAUGUGCCCAAGAUAUUAGUUGGAACAAAAUUAGAUCUACGUAACCAAGACAAUAGUAGUGGCCAGGUUGUUAGUAAUGGUCAUAAUCAUGUCAAAAUAAAUUAUGUUACCACCAACAUGGGCAAGGGUGUAGCCGAUGAAAUUGGAGCUCAAUGCUAUCUUGAAUGUUCAUCAUUAGAUGGAGAAGGACGUUAUGAAGUUUUUGAUCAAGUCAUUAAGAUUGCAAUAGAUCAAAAUAAGAAAGCCAAUCACGGAAAAAGUUGCAACUUGAUGUAA